ACGUGCUGAGGGGCCACGUCGGUGUGGUGGACUUGGAAGGACCGCGGCACGCUGUCGGACACGUCCCCGGACCUCCAGGAUACGUCGGAGCACCAGAACCGAUCCUGCCUUGUCUAGUUUCUGCCUGGGGGCGGGGGGGGGGAGGGAGGGAGGGAGACGACUUUUACCACAGCUGCUGCAGUCUUGUUUGAUCUUUAGUGCAACCGAGAGACGGAAGAGCACCGAGGUAACCACGCUCUGGCAGUCUGUCAAGAUAAAGUGCUUAAAGGUGUGUCACUGCGUGAGGGAGUAAGACGACAUGGAGGACGACCUGAUGUUCAGCAUGGAGGAGGAGGUCAGCGCCAAGCGGCCCCCCGUCCAGCGAAGCGCCCCCCCCGGCCAGCGGGCAUCCUCCCUGAGUGAUGCCAACGCCAGCGACGACGAUGAUGACGACAACUUCAUCCGCCCCAUCCUGGACGACUCCACCAGAGACAUCUGUCACUACCUGAAGAAUGUCGUUUACGCCCGGCAGCUGUCAAACUCUCUUCCUAAGAGCAACUUUAUGUACAAGAAUGAGACAGAAAAAGUGGCAGAACCUCGGUCGUACAAGGUUUUGUCUGAGAGCGCACGGGAGACAUGGAAAAAUGCAAUCGAAAAGGCCAGAGCCAUGCCCGACCCCUGGGCACAGUUUCAUCUGGAGGACAUCGAGACUGAACCCUGCAUUCGUUACAGGUACAAUGCCAUCACCGGAGAGUGGGCCCAAGACCAGGUCCACAUCAAGAUGGCUGCUCAGCCAUUCGGGAAAGGGGCGAUGAGGGAGUGCUUCAGAACGAAGAAGCUGUCUAAUUUCUCGCAUAGCAGCAACUGGAAGUCAGCAUCUAACUAUGUAGCUAAGCGUUACAUGGAGACGGUGGACAGAAAUGUUUACUUUGAGGACGUUAGGCUGCAGAUGGAGGCCAAACUCUGGGGAGAGGAGUACAACCGCCACCGACCUCCCAAACAGGUGGACAUCAUGCAGAUGUGUGUGGUGGAGAUGGCAAACAGACCAGGCAAACCUCUCUUCCACCUAGAGCAUUACAUCGAGGGCAAGUACAUAAAAUACAACUCCAACUCUGGCUUCGUGAGGGAUGACAACAUCAGACUCACCCCGCAGGCUUUCAGUCACUUCUCCUUUGAGCGGUCUGGACACCAGCUGAUCGUGGUGGACAUCCAGGGUGUCGGAGAUCUCUACACGGACCCUCAGAUUCACACAGAGAAGGGGACUGACUUUGGAGAUGGAAAUCUAGGUGUGCGAGGUAUGGCACUGUUCUUCCACUCCCACCAGUGUAACAAGAUCUGCAAGAGUAUGGGCCUGACGCCUUUUGACCUCUCACCUGCAGAGAAGUCCCAACUGGACUGCACCAACAAACUGCUCAAGUCGGCCCAGACGGUGCUGAGGGGUUGCGAGGAGCCUUGCGGUUCUCCUCGUGUUCGUACCAUGUCGUGGAACCGGGCACCUCCGCUGCUAUCCCGCUUGUCUGAGACCUCAUCCGCAGACGAGAGCAUGAGCGACGUGGACUCUGUCCCCUGCUCCCCUCUGAUCUUCCCCUGCUCCCCGCUGGCUCCAGCCGGAUCUAUGGGCAAGUCGCCUAUUGGCUUAUCUUUUACUGGAAUGUAUGAACACGAAAGACUCAACAAUAACAACACGGGUGAACACAAGGAAUCCGAUAGCGGCGGUGACAGCGGAUACCCCAGCGAGAGGAGGAGUGAAGGUGAUCCGAAUGACCACGUAGAUGGGGCCCACCAUCGAUACCAAAGGCAUUAUUCCGAGUCGGAUGAGGACAGUAUCAGACGGAAGAAGAUGGUAGCUCCUCCAAGAGUCUCUGCAAACCUAAAUUCAUGCACUCCUGACAACGAAUGGCUGACAGAAGAGAAGUGGAGCUUCUACCAUUCAUCUCGCGCUCAUGUCCACCGGUCAUCAUGCGUGGCCACCGAGGUGGAGCGGCUCAACACCCUGCUGCAGAAGAAGAUCGGCCAGUCAAUCCUCGGAAAGGUCCACCUGGCGAUGGUGCGGUACCAUGAGGCGGGUCGUUUCUGUGAGAAGGACGAGCAGUGGGAUCAGGACUCGGCCAUGUUCCAUCUGGAGAGAGCUGCCCUGUGUGGAGAGCUGGAGGCUAUUGUUGCCUUGGGGCAGUGCUGUCUGCAGCUGCCUCAUCACAUACUGCCAGACGUGGAGCUGGAGGAUAAUGCAGGAAACAAGAUGAAAGGUUUCAAGUACCUCCUGCUGGCUGCCGAGGCUGGUGACAGAUCUUCUAUGAUUAUAGUGGCCAGAGCCUUUGAUACAGGAGUCAAUCUGUCUGCUGACAGAAAGCAGGACUGGGAAGAAGCGAUUCACUGGUAUGACAGUGCAUUGACCAUGACAGACUACGACGAGGGGGGAGAGUUUGAUGGGACGCAGGAUGAGCCUCGCUACCUGCUGCUGGCCAGAGAGGCAGAGAUGUACCAAGUGGGAGGCUACAACCUCACCGCAGACCCACAGAAAGCAGGCGAUCUGUUCACAGAAGCGGCAGAAUCGGCCAUGGCGGCCAUGAAGGGCAGGCUGGCUAACCAGUACUACAUGAAAGCCGAAGAGGCCUGGGCACUGAUGGAGGAGUAACUCUGGAUACACACCUGCAUCACGAAAAGACCCCAGGAGUUCAUGUGUCUGACUGAUAGCCAGGCCAAUUUUUACACAUUCAGGAUACAACCUGAGUUGUUACAGUUUACACAUUUUUUUAUUACAGAACAUUGAAUGAAUUUUUGCUAUUGGUUCUUUUAGGUGUGUGUGUGUGUGUGUGUGUGUGUGUGUGUGUGUGUUCAGCGUUCAAGGAUCCGGCUUACAACUCCAGGUUUCUGUUCUUCCUUCUCUCUGUUUGUGAAGCUAUUCAUCCUGACUCCCCGUCUCUGAUUACCUUCUAGCCAAGUGCCUGUUGUUGGAUGAAAGAGAAGGCCUGAGGAAUCAACAACAAAGAAAAAAGUUAAAGUUACUGACUUUGGCCCCAAACAUUACCACACAUGUUGGAAGAAUGUAUGUAAAAAAAAAAAAAAAAAUUGCUUGGAGUUUAAAACUGUAAAAUAAAGUUUGCAUUGCUUUUUAUGGGUAAA